GCAAAGACUACAUUUAUGGAAAUUUUAGAACUGACCACAUAUUUGGAAGGCCUCAAAAGUCAGACUCAUUUUGAUGAUAUGAGGUCAAACUACAUAAGAGAGCUGGCCAAGGCUAUUGGCUUAAGGCACAAGGGUGUGAUUGCCAGCUCCCAGCGUUUCUAUCAACUAACCAAACUCAUGGACUCCAUGCAUGAACUUGUAAAGCAGCUCCACCUGUAUUGUCUCAACACCUUCCUGCAGUCUCGAUCGCUUAGUGUGGAAUUUCCUGAAAUGAUGUCGGAAGUGAUCUCUGACCAGUUACCCAAAAUCCUAGCGGGGAUGGUAAAACCAAUUAUAUUUCACAAAAAGUGAAUAUCAUAUCUCUUUCAUCACCCCAUCACCCUUAAAAUAAUUUAAUUUAUAUGUUACUUGUAAUAAAGAUGAUCUAAUGGACAUUUCUAUUUGUUUGGGUGCAACCUGCAUGCAAGAAAGCAUUUGAUUUCUUACCACUUACAGUUGCUUCAGUUCUCCAUUUUGCUUAGCAGGAGAUUUUUUCUUUUUGUCUGAGGAAUGUCUGAACCACAGACCAAUGCAGUGUGCUUCUUCAAUUUGUGGACUGUUGGCAUCAAAAAUCUCUAAGCUAAAAUGUUGGAGUUUGAGAAGAUGGAAGUCCGUUCUUAGUACAGCUGAACUUCAGCACACCACAUUCCAUUGUUCAUCAAACCCAGGCUGCUCCACCCCAAUUUUAGAACUACAGACAUUGAUGGGAAGAGCACAUGGACUUCUGUUGUGUGGGAUACUUACUAAGACAGAAG